AUGGCUGCAUGCAUCGAGCCAGAACAGCAACAGCAACAACAGCAUGCUGUGUUUAAGCAUUAUUGUAGGGUUUGCAAGAAGGGAUUUAUGUGCGGGAGAGCUCUGGGAGGGCACAUGAGAGCUCACGGGAUCGGAGACGAGAGCGCCUACGUGGACGACGACGACGAUCCGGUGAGCGAUUGGGAGGCGAUGGCGAGCAAUACAAACAAGAGGAUGUAUAAAUUGAGGACGAACCCUAAUAGGUUGAAAAGUGUUAGGGUUUGUGAGAAUUGCGGGCAGGAAUUCUUUUCAUGGAAGUCGUUUCUAGAGCACGGAAAAUGCGGGUCGGGUGAUGACGUGGAGGAUGAGUCGUUAGUGUCGUCGCCGGGAUCGGACGCCGACGAGAGUUUCGGCCGGAGAGGGCACGGGUGGUCCAAGAGGAAAAGAUCGUUGAGGGCGAGGUAUUUGUCUAGCGAGGAUGAGGAUUUGCUUUUUGCUAAAUGUUUGGUGGAUUUGGCGAAUUCUAGGGUGUACUCGCCGCCGCCGCCUGCGGCGGCGGCGGAGUCCUCCUCCUCCGCUAGUAAGGAGGAGGAGAGGCGGCAUACGAUGGGGAGCGGGGAAUUCCUCGCGCCCCGAGUUGGGGUGGCGCAACAAAGGGGCAAUAAAUCGGCGGGUUCUAAGGGGCUGUUUGAAUGCAAAGCUUGCAAGAAAGUUUUCACGUCGCACCAAGCGUUAGGCGGACACAGAGCGAGCCACAAGAAAGUGAAAGGGUGCUACGCUGCCAAACAGGACGUACAAGAAUCCGACAGCCUGGCCGAGGAGGACGUGAUCACCCACGAUGAAUUCCCGAUCCUCGCCAACUCCUCCGGCGGCGGCGGCGGAUCUUCUAGAAGAAAAACGAAAGUUCACGAAUGUUCCAUCUGCCACCGUGUCUUCUCCACCGGCCAAGCCCUCGGCGGCCACAAACGCUGCCAUUGGAUCACCUCCAACGCCUACUCCCCCGACACCUCCAUCGCCAAAUUCCACUUCCACGACCCCACCACCGACACCACCAAGAAACCCGACGCCGCCGCCGCCCUCGACCUCAACCUCAACCUCCCCGCCAACGGCGGUGACCGCCACCGCGACGAUAUCUCCCGACUCAGAAACCCCUCCAUCAACCGCUUCGAAGUCUCCACGGAGAUUCACCUCCACCGGCCCUGGUUCACGGACCCAGACACCAACAAGAACAACAACAUUAACAACAAGAGGCUCAAAAACGAUAUCAACAACAUCGGAGACGACGAUGAAGCAGACAGUAGACUGAAGUUCGCGAGGAUAAGUGGGCUAAAGGAAAGCAGUAGCAGUAAGGGCGGCAGCUCUUCUUCGCAAUGGCUGCAAGUGGGAAUUGGUAAAAACAUCAAAAAGAUCGCUUUUUUCGUGUUUGGGUCGCCUUGUUUGAUGGAGAAGUACAAGUGCAAGUUCUGCUCGAGGAGUUUCGGCAAUGGCAGAGCUUUGGGUGGCCACAUAAGAUCUCACAUGGCCAAUCUUUACGCAGAAUCGAAACACCCAUCUUCAGAAACGGAUGAUGGAGAAAAAGACAGCUUUUUUUCCGCCGCCGCCGGCGGCGGAGGCGACGGUGGCGGAGGCGGCGGUUCGGUGGUGGUGCAGGACACGGAGAGCGAAAGUGGGUCAGGGAGGGUUUUCCGGCGAUCGAAAAGGGUAAAGAAAUCAAGAAUCUCUGAAACUUCAUCAAUGGUGAGCAGUUCAAUCUCAGAAACCUCCCCAGAAGAACACGUGGCAUAUUGUUUAAUGAUGUUGUCAAAAGACAAAUGGAUAAGAGAUGAAGAAGGGGAAAAUUCUGAAUUGGUAAAAGCAGUGAAGAAAAUUAAGGGAAAGGAGAAAUCUUGGUAUAGAUGUGAAGCUUGCAGCAAAGUGUUCAGAUCUUAUCAGGCCUUAGGAGGGCACAGGGCAAGCCACAAGAAGAUCAGAGCCCAAAAGAAUCUUCUAGAAAGUUCACCAAAUGAAGAAGGAAAUGCAAGGAAGAAGAAGAAGGAGAAAAUCCAUGAAUGUCCAAUCUGUUACAGAGUGUUUUCUUCAGGGCAAGCUUUGGGUGGACACAAAAGAUCACAUUUUGCAGAUUCAGUGUCAGCAAUUGUUAGCCCAGAAGCCUGUUCUGCUUCCACUUCUACCCCCAUGAAACAAGGGCUAUCAAGAACUGGAGGGGCUUUGAUAGAUCUCAACCUUCCUGCUCCUUAUGAUGAUGAUGAUGAUGAUGAUGUUCUUAGCUUCCCAUGCUGAUGAGCAAACCAUGUUUGAAUGUUCAGAGGUACAAGGUUUUGAAUUUUCCUUAACUAGGAUGUUUUCUCUUAGCUUGACUACUGUAAUCCAUCCAUCUAUCAGUGGAAAAUUAAUGGCAGCUUCAAUUCUAGCUA